CCUCCCUGAUUUUGGUUGUGGACUUUCCCAGUUGAGUUCAAACCUUACCCUGUCCUAAAAUGGGAGGGGAAAAGUCCAACACAAAUACUACAGAGCACAGGGAACGCCGUCAGUCUGUGAGAGGAAAAGUGCUAUGACAAAGAUGGCUACAUUUUGAAAACCUCCAAGACCUUUUAAAUCCAUCUCUCAUAAAUCUGGAUAUUUCAACGCAUCGCUUAUCACGGCUGGAGACAGCGGUUUUGUCAGACAUGUCAUCCGAUAACAUGAAUGGAGAAUUGAAAGUGUUGAAUCCUGAGUGUCUUCCUCUGGCUCCCAUGGGCGCAGGAGGAGGAGCAGCUGGGGAGACCCUGUGUAUCUUUGGGACGGGAGACCUGGGACGCUCCCUGGGCCAGCGUCUAGUCCAGUCUGGUUACAGGGUGACGUACGGCAGCCGCAGACCAGACAACUGUGGGCUCAUACCCCAGGGAGCUCAGGUGAUGAACCAUGCUGCAGCCGCCCAGUCUGCCCGAAUCAUCUUCCUUUGUAUUCACAGAGAACACUACAGCUUCCUGCAGACUCUGGCUCCUCAGCUCAGUGGGAAGGUGCUGGUGGAUGUGAGCAACAACCCCGAGAAAGACAUGUUCCCAGAGGCCAACGCUGUAUAUCUGCAGAGGCUGCUCCCUGAAGCAUCGGUGGUGAAAGCCUUGAACACACUGUCUGCCUGGGGUCUGCAGAAUGGGCCCUCAGAUGCAAACAGACAGACGUUCAUAUGCGGGGACAGUGCCGAGGCGAAGCAGGCUGUAUCGGAGGUGUGCACCCGUCUGGGCCUUUGGGUGGUGGACAGGGGCGGUGUGGGUGCAUCCCAGGAGCUGGAGGACUUCCCGCUGCAGCUCUUCCCAGAGUGGAGGCUGCCUCUGAGCAUCGCUGUGGGCCUCAGCGCUGUCUUCUUCAUCUACCUGCUCAUCAGAGACAUCAUCUACUCCUACGUGGAGGACGGGAAAGACACGUCAUUCAGGAUCAUGGUCUCUCUGGCAAAUAAGGUGUUCCCCAUCGUGUCUCUCAUCAUGCUGUCCCUGUGUUACCUGCCUGGUGUGAUGGCUGCACUGCUCCAGCUCCACAGAGGGACCAAGUACAGACGCUUCCCGGACUGGCUGGACCGCUGGAUGCUGUGCAGGAAGCAGAUGGGACUGGUGGCGCUGGGUUUGGCCUCUCUGCAUGUGCUCUACACGCUCAUCAUUGGCUUCCGAUAUUACGUGAGGUACAGAGUUGGUGCAGGCAUUAUAUCACAGGUCUUAAAAAACCAGACUACAGAGUUUUCCAACAUCUUAGCAUGGCGCACUGACUCUUACUACUCCGUGGGGAUCCUUGGCUUUGCCCUGUUCAUUGUUUUGGGCAUCACCUCUCUGCCGUCUGUCAGUAAUACCCUGAGCUGGAGAGAGUUCAGCUUCAUACAGUCCAAGCUGGGCUACGUGACCUUGUUCCUGUGCACCUUCCACGGUUACCUGUAUGGAUGGGACAAGUUUCUACGACUCUCGUCCUAUAAAUGGUACACUGUGCCGGGCUACCUGCUGUCCCUGGUGGUGCCCACAGUGGUGCUGGGGCUGAAGCUGCUGUUGCUGCUGCCAUGUGUGGAUCGCAGGCUGACACGCAUCAGGAGGGGCUGGGAGGACACCCCACAGGACUCCUCUGAGCGCAAAUUAUUAAUUUAAAAUGAAACACAUCAACAUGAACAGACACAACUCUUGAACUUAUGCCCCCGACUGUCCAGCACUUUCUUCAGGACUUGCAUCCCUGGUGCAUGAACAAGCUGUAGGCUUAUGUAACAUGUCCCACGGUGACAUCAGGACGCCCAUCCAGAACCACAAGUGUGACAGUCUAUGUCCCACCCCACAUCAGAAUGCAGGCCUGGGCAAACAAGUAUGCAGCAGUGCACAGGACAACACCAUCACAUCAUGUGAUGGUGUGAAGAAGGCACAGAAAGAAACACAAAAAGCAACUUUACAAUAAGCAAAUGCUUUUGUUAAUGUACUUAUUACUGUUUUUGUUUUGUUUUUUUAUUUAAGAAAAAAUAAAUAAAUAAAUAAAAACAAUUAAACUGUU